AUGGCCAUUGAUACGGUUAUAGUAGAUAUUGAAGGUACAGUAUGUCCAAUUACAUUUGUUAAAGAUACAUUGUUUCCAUAUUUUAUCAAGAAAUUACCUUCAUAUCUUGAAAAUAUUCAAUUUCCACUAAAUUCUUCAUCAUCAGAUCCAAUUGUUGAAAUACUUUUAAAAUUACCAAACGAAAUUAGAGUAAACUCACAAUCGACAUUCAAUCACUUUAAAUCAUUAGUGGAUCAAGAUAUCAAAGAUCCUAUUUUAAAGUCAUUACAAGGUUUAAUUUGGAAUCAAGGUUAUAAAAAUGGUGAAUUAAAAGCUCCAAUUUAUCCAGAUUCAAUUAAAUUUAUACAAGAUUAUAAAAAUAAAAUUUAUGUAUAUUCAUCAGGAAGUGUAAAUGCUCAAAAAUUAUUAUUUGGAUAUGUAGAAGAUAAUGGAAACUCAAUUGAUUUAAAUAAAUAUCUUAGUGGAUAUUUCGAUAUUACAACGUCAGGUUAUAAAAAUCAACCACAAUCAUAUAAAAAUAUACUUAAAGAUAUAAAUAAAGAUGGCUCUUCAGUAUUAUUUCUCAGUGAUAAUAUAAAUGAAGUUAAAGCUGCUAUUGAAGCUGGAAUGAAUUGUCAUAUAGUUAUAAGAGAUGGUAAUGCACCAAUUUCAAAUGAAGAUAAAUCAAACUAUCAAGUAAUUUAUGCAUUAAGUGAACUAAAUAUAUAA